AGUAAAAAAGUGGGGUGGGUACGAAAAAAGGGACGAUACGUAAUUGUUGUUUGCCAAAAGAGGCGUUAUGGAAGUUAGGCCUGCUAUCAAUAUUGUACAUGUAUAAAAAUGCUUUGGGUAUGUAUGUACUUAUUGCUUUGGGGUGUUUGAAAAACUCUAUAAAACUACAGCUCUUAGACAAGUGAAUGAGUCAUCACCAUGACGUUGGCCUAAUCAAGACAAAAUUUUGGAAGAUUUACGAGAGUGACGUCAUAUAUAUUUAUCACAUCCUUAAAACAACCGGACUUGUACAUUGUUCCAUUUUUUAGUAUAGAGACAAUUUAUAAAUGCAUAUAGGACAUUUGUACAAGUGACGGCGACGUUUCUUUUUUAAAAAAAAAUCGGUGCUCGCAUGGCUAUUCUGCUUAAAAAUCCAUUAAUAUAAUUUAUUAAAAGCACUGCACUUCUUCGAUGGAUCUCAGCCAGGAUAUGAACAACGAGAAAGUGUGUUUCAAACUGGUAUGCAUACCCUUUGGGAGGUAUGCAGUGGUCAUUGAAGGAGUGUGCAAAAUGAAAGGGAAAAAAAUAAAACAAAGUAGUUAUCAGGAUUUUCCUGACCUUCUGCAUUGUGAGAAUUUUACAGCAAUGGCUGGAAAUGCAGAUGGGAUAGCAUGGUUGUUUGAAUUACUUCAGGAUGUUCAGCUUGAACAAUUUUUUGUGAAGAUAAGGGAUGAACUCCAGGUCACUCGUCUUGCUCAUUUUGAUUAUGUUCAACCGGAAGAUCUGGAACGAAUUGGAAUGGGAAAACCUGCAGCCAGGCGCUUACUUGAUGCAGUGAAGAAGCACCGAUCUACGUUAUGGAAGAAAAACUUAAUCAGCAAGAUACUUCCAUCUACCAAAAUUGAUAAAAAUACCACCUUAAAGAAUGAACCAUGCCUCCCCACAAGUCCAACACAUCUAAUUUCUGGAGCUAGCAAUGCCCUCACUUGUCUUGUGAAUGAUAAAGACCUAAUACUUGGAAGUAAACUUGGUGAUGGAUCAUUUGGAGUAGUCCUGAAAGGAGAAUGGGUGACACCUAGUGAGCGAAGAAUUCCAGUAGCUGUGAAAGUCUUAAAACAAGAUGCUUUAGCUCAACCAGGAGCUUUUGAAGAUUUUGUGAAAGAAGUGAAUGCCAUGCAUCAGAUGAAUCAUCCAAACCUGAUUCGGUUGUAUGGGGUGGUGCUUUCUAGUCCCAUGAAAAUGGUCACAGAACUGGCACCACAUGGAUCGCUUCGUGAUCGGUUACGCAAAGAAUGCCACCAUACACCAAUAGUACAGCUUGUAGAAUAUGCAGUGCAGAUAGCUAAUGGGAUGGCUUAUCUUGAGUCUAGACGAUUUAUUCACCGAGAUGUAGCAGCAAGAAACAUGCUUCUUGCCACAGGAUAUCAGAUAAAGAUUGGAGACUUUGGGUUGAUGAGAGCUCUUCCUAAACAAGAAGAUUGUUAUAUUAUGACUGAACAGAAAAAAGUUCCUUUUCCUUGGUGUGCUCCCGAAAGUCUCAAGUCUCGACAGUUUUCUCAUGCCAGUGACACUUGGAUGUUUGGAGUUACUUUGUGGGAGAUGUUCACCUUUGGUGAAGAGCCCUGGGUGGGUUAUAAUGGUGCUCAGAUACUGCAGAAAAUUGACCAAGAAAGUGAACGCCUUUCCUUGCCAGAAGCUUGUCCUUCUGUUAUUUAUCAGUUGAUGCUCCAAUGUUGGGCCCAUAAACCUGCAGAUAGACCAACUUUCCUGGCUCUCAAAGACUUCCUUUUGGAGGCUCGUCCAAUGGUUUUAAAAGCUGUUCAGGGAUUUGAAGAAACAGAUAAGCUGAGUGUUCAGAUAGGAGAUGAGAUACAGGUUAUUGAUGGAAGACCAGAGCAUUACUGGUGGAAAGGUCAAAACCAGAGAACUUUUGAAAUUGGGCUUUUUCCUCGUCGGAUAGGAAGUCCACAACGUAGAAAAACAAAUCAAGAUAUUAGCAAACCACUUCGCCAUAGCUUUAUCCAUACAGGACACUUAGAUGCUUCUGGGAAAAUAUGGGGUAGUCCAUCAUAUAUUGAUGAGAUGUACCUUCGUAAUCCCAUGGAACCUCCAGAUAUUUUGGGAAUGCCAGAAGAAUCCCCUCCUGCACCGAGGCUACCUGACAGAAAUAAAA